ACAAAUAGUAGUUAAAACCCUAACUUUUUCCCCUAAAGCGAAAUCCGCACUCGCCUCUCGUCAAAAAUCCGCCGCCGUCUCAUCUCUGCCGCGGAACAACCUCAGCCAUGGCGCCGAAGAAGGAUAAGGCUCCCCCGCCGUCAUCGAAGCCAGCGAAGUCCGGGGGAGGCAAGCAAAAGAAGAAGAAGUGGAGCAAGGGAAAGCAAAAGGAAAAGGUGAACAACAUGGUUUUGUUCGACAAGGGUACGUACGACAAGCUGCUGACGGAGGCCCCUAAGUACAAGCUCAUCACUCCCUCCGUUCUCUCAGAUCGUCUCAGGAUUAGUGGAUCCCUUGCAAGGAAGGCCAUCAGAGAAUUGAUGGCAAGAGGUUUGAUCAGAAUGGUCUCUGCUCAUGCAAGCCAGCAGAUUUACACCAGGGCAACCAACACCUAGGUGUAUUUUCAUGGCAUCAGAGAUGUUUUUUUGUCCCAAUUAGAUUUCUGUUUCAUUUUAUGCUGUGUUUUGAACUCUGGAAGAGAUACUAAGCUUGGAAGUUCUACUGUUUACUAUUGUUAUUUAACUCAGCAUACGGUUGUUGAAUUCUUUCAAAGUGAUGUUUCUCAUUUGCUGUUA